AAAACCAAAAACAAAAGGCAUUGUUGUUGUGAGAGAGAGAGAGAGUUCGUGGGUUGCCUUGCCUCGCUUUACUUCGCUGUCGUUUCGCCGGCCAAUUAUUGCCGUUUUACUGUCUUCUUCAGAAAUUCCUUUCUCUCCCUCCCUCUCUCUCUCUCUCUCUCUCUCUCUCUUCGAAUUCAUCUUUCACAGGAUGAACGACCUUCUCACUGAUUCAUUUGUUAGUGAGGCUAAUAAUGCUCAGCCUUUUAGACAAGGUGAUAUUGAAAUGGGAAUGCAAAGAAGCAACUCGGAUAUGGGAAUGGAAACCUUCAAUAAACAGAUUCAAGAUGCUGAUAAACAAAUUGAAAAGCUCUCUGGACUACUUCAAAAGCUAAAGGAAGCUAACGAGGAAUCAAAAGCUGUUACAAAAGCAUCUUCCAUGAAAGCUAUCAAGAAGAGAAUGGAAAAAGAUAUUGAUGAAGUUGGAAAGACUGCACAUGGGGUCAAAGCAAAAAUAGAAGCUAUCAACAGAGAAAAUCUAAGCAAUAGACAAAAACCUGGCUGUGAGAAGGGAACUGGUAUUGACAGAGCAAGGAUGAAUAUGACAAAUGCCUUGACUAAAAAGUUCAGGGAUCUCAUGACAGAGUUUCAGACUCUCAGACAAAGAAUACAAGAUGAAUAUCGUGAGGUUGUGGAGAGAAGAGUUAUUACAGUCACGGGAACUAGGCCAGAUGAUGAGACGAUCGACCACUUGAUAGAAACUGGAAACAGUGAGCAAAUCUUCCAGAAGGCAAUUCUUGAAGCAGGCCGAGGACAGGUUGUAAACACGGUAGAAGAAAUUCAGGAGAGACACGAUGCUGUGAAAGAAAUCGAGAAAAAACUUCUUGAUUUACAUCAGAUUUACCUUGACAUGGCAGUCUUAGUUGAUGCUCAAGGAGAAAUUUUAGACAACAUCGAAAGCCAGGUCAACAAUGCAGUCGAUCAUGUCCAGAGAGGGACAACUGCACUUCAAACUGCUAAGAAACUUCAGAAGAACUCUCGAAAAUGGAUGUGCAUUGCCAUCAUUAUACUGUUAAUAAUAGUAGCUAUCAUAGUUGUGGGUGUUCUCAAACCUUGGAAGAAUAACAAUGGUGCUUGAGUCUGUCCCUUUGUCCAUUGUCCAUAUAUAAGAGUUAUGUUGGUUUGGUUGGGGUGUCGGCGGAACAUAUUAGAGCAGGAUUCUUGAGACCUUUUUGUUGUUUGUAUGAUACUUGAUUUGUGUUGUGUGAUUAUCUUUCUGACUUACUAAUACAUUGGUGUGUCUGAGUUUGACAAUGUGAAAUUCAUAUUCUUUGUAGCCUUCAAAAGUUUAUCAGGGCCUCUUAUUUCCUUGUACCAUUCUUAAA